AACCAAAUCAUUUACAAGUUAAAGAUAGACGCGCAAUACACAGCAUCUUGAGCCAGGGUUUAAAUUCGCCCCUCUCCGCCUGGCUUCUCGCAAAGCUCUGCUUGUCAGCUUGCCUCUGUCUCCUCUAACGACUCGAAUAUUCCCUUGAAAAUAACGUCAUUCUGGAUUCUUUGGAAUUACUAAGGUGGCAAAAGAGAUCAUGGUGCAUACCGUAGGAUGGUGACCAGCAGUUUCGAAUUAAGAUGCUCUCAAUUACCUGCACGUGCUUGUUGAGUGAUAGUGCACUUUGAUAUGUCUCCCUUCCAUGCUGCUUCAGCCCAGAUCUGAUCUGAGCACUCUGAGGCAGAAGAAGCAGGGAACAGAGCAAGCGAUUGGAGGAGCAUCAUUUCUACGGAAUGAUUGAAGAUUGUGGGAAAAGAGGAAAUACCAUGGCAGAAAGAAGGCAGCUAUUUGCAGAAAUGCGGGCUCAAGAUCUGGAUCGCAUUCGUUUGUCCACCUACAGAACAGCAUGCAAGCUUAGAUUUGUUCAGAAGAAAUGCAACUUGCACCUUGUGGACAUCUGGAAUGUGAUAGAAGCCUUGCGGGAAAACGCACUGAACAACCUGGAUCCCAACAUCGAACUGAAUGUGGCUCGCCUGGAGGCUGUGAUUUCAACUAUCUUCUACCAGCUCAACAAACGGAUGCCAACAACCCACCAGAUCAACGUGGAGCAAUCCAUCAGCUUACUGCUCAACUUCUUGCUAGCAGCCUUUGAUCCGGAAGGACAUGGUAAAAUUUCCGUUUUUGCUGUCAAAAUGGCCUUGGCAACUCUUUGUGGAGGAAAGAUCAUGGACAAAUUAAGAUAUAUUUUCUCAAUGAUUUCCGACUCCAGUGGAGUGAUGGUUUAUGGCAGAUAUGACAUGUUUCUGCGGGAGGUUCUCAAGCUGCCCACAGCUGUCUUCGAAGGGCCUUCAUUUGGUUAUACUGAGCAGUCAGCAAAAUCCUGUUUCUCGCAACAGAAAAAAGUCACAUUAAACACUUUCUUGGAUACUCUCAUGUCUGAUCCCCCACCACAGUGUCUAGUGUGGUUACCACUUCUGCAUCGACUGGCAAAUGUUGAAAAUGUCUUCCACCCUGUUGAGUGUUCCUACUGCCACAGCGAGAGCAUGAUGGGGUUUCGCUACCGCUGCCAGCAGUGUCACAAUUACCAGCUCUGUCAGGACUGCUUCUGGAGGGGCCAUGCCAGCGGUUCCCACAGCAACCAGCACCAAAUGAAAGAGUACACGUCAUGGAAAUCACCUGCUAAGAAGCUAACUAAUGCACUUAGCAAGUCUUUAAGCUGUGCUUCCAGCCGUGAACCUUUGCACCCAAUGUUCCCUGACCAGCCUGAAAAACCUCUAAACCUGGCUCAUAUUGUGCCCCCCCGACCAGUAACCAGCAUGAACGACACACUCUUCUCCCACUCUGUUCCCUCAGGAAGUCCUUUUGCAAACAGAAGCUCUCCUUCCAAGAGUACUGAAGUAGAGCAGAGCAAACUGCUGGCUAGGGCUGCUCCAGCUUUUUUGAAAGGCAAAGGGUUACAGUACAGCCUCGAUGUUGCAGACAGGCUGGCCGAUGAACAUGUACUCAUCGGGUUGUAUGUCAACAUGCUGCAGAGCAACCCCGCACGCAGCGUGCUCGACAGCGCAAGUCGCCUGGAUGAAGAACACAAGCUGAUCGCCAGGUAUGCAGCAAGGCUGGCAGCAGAAACUUCUUCAUCACAGCAGGGUCAGCAGAGAGGGGCAUCAGAUAUCUCCUUCACCAUUGAUGCAAACAAGCAACAGAGACAGCUGAUUGCAGAGCUUGAAAAUAAAAACCGAGAAAUCCUACAGGAGAUCCAGAGGCUGCGACUUGAACAUGAGCAGGCGUCUCAGCCCACACCGGAGAAGGCACAACAAAAUCCCACUCUCCUUGCAGAGCUCCGGCUCCUGAGACAGCGGAAGGAUGAGCUGGAACAGAGGAUGUCUGCUCUCCAGGAAAGCCGGAGGGAGCUUAUGGUUCAGUUAGAAGGCCUCAUGAAACUGCUGAAGGAAGAAGAAUUGAAACAGACCCAAGGGGCAGGCUCCCCACGUUCCUCACCCAGCCACACUAUCAGUCGGCCGAUUCCAAUGCCCAUCAGGUCUGCUUCUGCCUGCUCCACCCCAACCCACGCACCUCAGGACUCUCUGACUGGGGUGGGAGGAGAUGUGCAGGAAGCCUUUGCACAAAGUGCAAGACGAAACUUAAGAAACGAUUUGCUCGUGGCAGCAGAUUCAAUCACCAACACGAUGUCAUCUUUGGUAAAAGAACUAAAUUCUGAAGUGGGCAGCGAGACAGAAAGCAAUGUGGAUUCUGAAUUUGGACGGACUCAUUUUGAUGACCUUGUGCCAUCCCCAACGUCUGAGAAGGCUUUCCUCGCGCAGAUCCAUGCCCGGAAGCCAGGGUACAUCCACAGCGCUGCUGCCACCGGCUCCAUCCGCAGUGACAUGGUAACAGAAGAUGGAGACCCCUAUGUCAGAGCAGAUGAUGAAAAUUAUGAGAAUGACUCUGUCCGCCAGCUGGAGAACGAACUGAAGAUGGAGGAGUACCUGAAGCAGAAGCUGCAGGAUGAGGCAUACCAGGUCAGUUUGCAAAGUUGAGUGCAAUAUCCUUCUCUCUCUCCUCUCAAGCAAGCUGCAGUCAGACAGACAACGAAAGCUAUGUAAGAACUGAUGAUGAGGAGAGCUGCUUUCGGACAGACGAUGAAGAAAACUCGGCUGCAAACUUCACAGAAGAGUGGAACCAAGAGGUGCAGCGUCUCUUGACAAAAAAAUCACAUAACUAAGUUCUGAGGACUGUAGCACAGUACUUUUGUUCUAAGAGUUGUAGUUUGUAGAUGUGUGUUUUUGACAACAAGACUUUUGUUUAAAGCUAACUUAUAUUAGCUACAUCUUCUGUAACAUGGCUCAUUACCGGUGAAGAAAACAGACUGAUGUACGUACUGCUGUUACAAAAGAUGGCGGUAUUAAUAACUCACGUAAACCCUUUGCACAUGAUAUUGAACCUGUUCAGUUUACAAUGACAAUGCUGUUUAUAGAUAGAAAUUUGAUUUCUGAAUACUUUGAGAUUUUAGUAGAUUGGUUUACUAUACACUGUACAUUUUUUCCACAGAAGAAAUAAAAAGCUACAAUUAUGCAUUUAACACUGAAUGAUUAUACUCCUGAGUGUAUAUAUCUAGUAGCCCAAAAAGCAAAGUACCAGACUAUAUUUGCAAUUUGUUUGCAAGUCUUUAAAUUAAGACUUAUACAAAAUGUACUAAAAUAAUAAUAGUAAUAUAAUUAUUAAUAUUAAUAAAAAACCUCUCUAAUUUAGGGCUAAUGUGUAACUUAGGAAUGUUUCUUUCAAAAUAAUCUAACAAAUCAGCCAUAGAAGUUAGUGUAAAUAUUUUUUUUCCAAAUAGAUAUCAUAUACAAAAGGUGACAUUCAAAUGAUAUAGAAUCUAGUUUUUAAAUCAGCACAGAUCUUCUUAAAACUGUGAACUAUGUUUUGAAAUACUCGUUGCUAAAGCUGUUUAUAAACCACAGGUGCCAUAAGAUCCCUGAACUGACUGAUGUUACGUAUAAUCCUCCAUGGUAUUGUUUCAUUGAUGUUUUAGCUUUAGUAAGCAUGUGUUCAACAAACCGGCUCUUUCCAUCUCUCUGCCCCUCCUCCUUCCCUCCCCCCCCAAUUAUGUUAUUUUCGAGGCCUUCAGCUUUAAAUGUACAGGCUUAAAGUGCGCUUGCAACUGUUUUCUUUUUAUUUCCAAAUGUGUAUUGCCUUAGCCAGCCACCAGAUGUUCUGCAUGCACUCUUGGAAAUGUGUAGUGAGACUCUUUCGGAGCUGGAUGGAGAAAUAGCUAUCAGUGAAAAGCACAAGAAAAGCGAUGGAUUUUUUUGAAAGGACAGGCAUAGUUACAGAAAUGGAGUUUUGUCCGGUUUAGUAUGUUUCAAGUAUAAAGGCAUUUCAGGAGAAAGGGGGCUUACCUGGCCAUUUGGGCUUAGGCAGUGAGAUUGCUAACUAAAAAGUGUUGGCUCUGCUGUGACUAAAAACCUGCAGAUACUCCUGAGCAGGGAUUGACACAAGCUAGCUGUAAUGCCCUCCCCACAACAUACUACUGCUUGGAAAUAAAGUUGACACCAGUAUGGCACAUAGGCAUUGCCAUGCAGAGAAAUCGGAGCCAGGCCAGGAACAGCUAGACCAGAAGCCGGGCAGUGGCACAGUGCAGUGUUACGUGCUGGCCGCACAGCCCUCCUGAGAAGCGCAGUGUGUUAGCUCGGGAUGACCUCUGCGCUAAUGUAAUUUUACUGCCCUAAUACAAUAUUACGGCUUCCAGUAUCUGGCUGACCUGAAGUGACACUAACAGCCCUGAAAACAGUAGCGUUUCAUACAGAUAUUUCACACCAGCACAGUUUGCCUACAGCAAGUGAUGAGAUGAUACUCAUCUAAAGCAGGUUAACGUGGUUUGUCUGUCCUCGCUUUCAUGGUGACGUGGAUGUAUGCUGCCAUAUUUACGUGAGAUAGCUGUGUAGCUCGACCCAGUAAGUCCACUUGUUUGCAGGCACUCUCUAGGCUCAUGGCUGUUUCCUUGGGCACUGUGUGUUAGGGAAUGAGUAUCUGUAUGAAAGAGCUGCUGCCAUUUUUCACUUUCAUAUUGUAUUAUUGCGUAUGCAGAUCUCUUGUCCGCAUCUUCUUGCGUAUCUGGGCUUGGUCUCAGACAUCCAAAUGCAUACUAAGGCAUCCAGAUAUCUUCAUGUAAGCUUUUCAUUUUUGCAGUCGCUGGUCUUUGCUCCUGGGGUAUGUGCUGUCCUGGCAAGGCUGGCACCAUAUCCUCCGAUGUCCCCUCCUCCAACCUCCUCUCAGGAAUGGGUGAGCCUCCACUAGUGCCUAGCACUCCACGAUUAAAGCUACUCCAGUGAAGCUGUAGAUGUUGCUGUCAGCUCAGGAUUCCAGGCAAGCAUUUCCUGAACAGAGAUAAAACAAGCUAGAACACAGCUACAUGCAAUGGCUGACUAACUCAACCCAUGUCAUGUUUAACUGUACCCAGAGUAAUAGAUCCCUCCCAUCAUCUUAAUGUCUGUGUGCUCAUUAUCACUAUGCUUAAAAUAGAUGCAAUAGAAUAAAUCCAUUGCAAGGGCUUCCGGACUAGGAGUAAGGAAAAAAGUUGACGGAUCAAGCACCUUUCUCUCAGGCUGGUGUCAACAAGGUGGUCCCCAGCAGAGCUAUGGGUCCCUUACGCCCUGGAGUUCUGAGAUGAAGCACCUCUUACUUGGCUCUCCAAAUAUCUAUUUUAAGCAUUUUCCAACUGUUAAGCUGGCUGCGUUUUCGCCCAGCUGGUCUUUGUCUGCUUGCUAAAUAUUAUUUUGGUUGUGGUUUGCGGUCAUUAAAACAAACAGAGUUACAGAAGAGGUCCCUGGCAUGGGCCUUUUCUUAACUACCAAUGGCCCACCACAGCAGUCAAAACUCCGGGUGGUUUUACUGUCACUGGAGGGAAACCAGUGGUUUGGAAUCAGGAGACAGGGAUGUGAAGAUGUAUAGGGUCCUUGAAUGUCCAAAGCGAAGGUGGAGAAUGGGUUGUCUGUAAGUAGUAAUGUUAACUAAACUGCAUAAAAAGGUGUGUGGCCUUUGUUGUGAUAUAAUAUGUAUUUUCUUAUAUGCAUGAGCCAAAUUGUUGCAUCAUAAUUUAUCAUAAGUGUGUCUGCCUUUACUUUCAGUCAUCUUCUCUCAUCCUUAUUGGUUCUUGGCAAUUACUGUAGAUAGACCUUGUAAAUAUUGCAACCUCGGGUUGCUGUAAUCACGUUGGUUCAAUUCAGCAGACGGAGCUGUGAACAACAAGCACUCCACUGUGUCCUGAAGGCAAAAGGGCAUUUUUACUUUUGAACCAAAAAAAAAAAAAGUGUGAAGAGUUACAUCUUGAGGCUACUAACUGUAAGACAUUUUUAAAACUAGUGUACUUGACACCACUUGGGACAGAUACAGAGACACUAAAGAUGUCACGAUAUUCAUUGGUAUUGUAACAGAACUGCUAGUGUAUGGGUUUUUUGUAUUGCUGUUAAGUAUUGUUUUGUGUGUGUGUGUUGGAACCUAAUGGGGACAUGUUAUAUUUUGAAGUGAUUAAACUAUUUAAUUGUGUGUCUAUAUUUUGGAAUGGAAUUAUUUCUUCAUUAAAAAGAUUUUUAAAAGUAA